AUGAUAAGUUAUCAAAAUUGCGAGACAACGACAGGAUUAAAGGAGUUAAGAAGUAAGAACAUAAACGAAAUUGCAGAAUUAAUUAAGGCGUUUAAGGAACGGAAAAAAAAUUUAGACGCAAUAGAUAGCAGCAAUGAGAGGGAGAAUAUAAAAAAGCUAAGAAACUUCGCAGAGAACCAAGGAAAUUGUUUUACUUUAUGUAAAAAAAAUUUGUAUGAAAGAUUUGAAAAAGAUAUUAUAGAAUAUAAAAUCUUCAGUAAUAAGAAUAGUAUAAAUUUCGAUGAAGAUAAUAUUAAAAAAUUAGAAAAGAAUUACAAAGAUAUAGAACAAGAAUUAUGCCUUAACGCUUGUUCAAAAAAGUAUGGUCAUUUGCUCAGAGACAGAAUGUGA